AAGCACAAAAAUCGCCAACGUUCCGGAGAGCCUUGGGACAGGAAAACAACAUGGUCUAGACUGAAGAACUAGCUAAAUCAUUUCCCUCCAUUUCAAAAUACCAACUACACCACCAUGACGUCAAGAGAGACACACAGUCCUGUGUUUCUGGUAUUUCCUCCAGAGAUCAAUGUCCCGGAUUAUCAGCCAACGGGCAUGACAGCUACAUCUUAUGAAUCCCAAAGCACUCUGGAGAAACUACUAGUUGCAAAAAUGAAAGUCUCAGGGACUCUCCAGAUCCUGUUUGGAAUUAUGAUCUUUUCAUUUGGGAUGAUUUUCCAUUUCUUCUUUGUAAAUCCAUAUCCAAGGUUUCCCUUUAUAUUUAUUUCAGGAUAUCCAUUCUGGGGUCCUAUUUUUUUCAUUAGUUCUGGAGCUUUGCUAAUUUCACUAAAGAGAAAAAUGACAAGACCUUUGAUAAAGGCAGGCCAAAUAAUGAAUUCUCUUAGUGCCCUGGGAGCAGCAUCUGGAAUCGUUCUCCUCAUAUUCGGCUUUCUUGUAGACCAAAACUACAUCUGUGGCUACACUGGAAAAAACGAUGAAUGUGAUGGUACUACUGUGCUAUUCAUUGGAAUCUUGAUUAUGUUGAUGAUCUUCACCAUUAUUGAAUUCUUCAUUUCUCUGUCCUUCUCAAUUUUGGUGUACCACCCAGAUGAUGACUGUGACGAAACUUGUUGAACAGCAUCGUGAGAAUAAAGAUGUGUUAUAAUCUUA